CUUUACUAUAAGUACUUAAUUCUAAUUACCACAAGAAACUAUGACAGCUGUAAUCGCGAAAUUAAGACAAGAACAAACAACGUUGAAACAGUAAUCGUUCUAAUACAUUCUUGAAGAAAAUUUAUGUAUACACAUUUUAUAACUUUAAAAGGAAGAGUUUUUGACAUUAUCCAUGGACAAAUCUGAUAGUUACCGGCUUGAGACACCGAAAAUGACGAAGAAGAGGAUUCUUAUCGCUGCUGCCAUCAUUGGUGUGAUAAGCUUGAUUUUCUUCAUUGCUGGGAUCGUCUUCUUCGUCCAUGGCAGCCGAAAGUCAUCAAACCAGCCCAAAAMAUCUAGCGACUAUUGUGGUUACUCAGAAGAAGCAAAGAGAAUUGGGCUGGAGAAGAUUUUACAGAAAGCUCAGGAUAGCUACUACAAACUGACUCCUGAAAUGAUUCACUUUAARCCAGGAGUAACUGAGAAGGAAUUGCGGAAAUAUUACAUACCAACUGAUUACACRCCCAAGAGACUUAAAGCCAGAACUGAUGCUAUACGACAGCUGUAUAAAGAACUAUUAGAAAACCUUAAAGUUGAUACCAAUAAGCUCAAGCAGCGAGAAAAGAAAGCCUUAGCUCAGCUCACAUUCUUUAUGAAAAACUCUUUYUCAUCAUUCGGUGAAGGGAACUAYUAYACUGGAGACUGGAUGAUGGGGCCUGACCAGUUUUGCUACAAAUCUAUAUGUUAUAUCGAGAAUGAGAUUCAUAAUGAAUUGGCAAAUUUCAAGCCGUCAACAGUCAAGGAGAUGGAAGCAUUUCGUGAUACGCUGAUCAAGUUAAACAAUACKUUUGGUCAGUAUGUUGAGAAUCUCAAGUUAGGUGUUAAAGCAGGCAUGGUUGGAUCACAAGAGGCUUGUUUAACUGGGUAUUACGCAAUCGGACAAAGAUAUCCAAACAUCUAUAGGGAUGGUGCAAAAGGCAUAUUUGAUGAAGUGUACGUCAAGGAUGUUUUAGAUCCCAAAUUCUUACUCAAACUACAAGACGACGUAAGACAACUUCUGUUAUGGCGUCAGAAAUAUGCCGAAAAAAAGCUGCAGGACUCGCUUCGAGAAUACUUACUAGAGUACCUGGGAAAACCCAUCGACAGAAUGCUCAAAUACCUUAAGUACGAGUACCAGUCGCACUGCGUCCCUAGUUCAGUGUCCAGCGGUCUAUCAUCGCUGCCCGUGCCAUUUAUCUACGUCAAUGGCUCCACUGACCGCGAUGUUCCAACCACCGGUAAACUGCCAACAGGAGAGAAGCUAAGCGGUGCUAAAGCCUAUGAAUACAUAUUAGAAUACUUUACUACAACUGAAUUGAGUCCAGACGAAGUGUUUGCGAUUGGAAACGAAACUUUACAUCAGCUGUACCCACAGGUAACAAAAAAAUUAACUUCACAUCGCAAUACACCAUAUAUCCAUUUAUAACUCAACACAAA